AUGACACAAAUCAGACCCCCAUCCCACGAACCAAUCUACCCUUCUUACCCCGCCUCCCUCCUCCACGCCGUCACCUCCGCCAACCGCAACGCCCGCCUCGCCCGUAUCGCCCGCAUCGCCCGCCAGCGCGCCGUCCAGGGCUACGAUUACCGCCCUGUCUUCUCCUUUGACGAAAGCUAUACGCCACCCUCCCCCUCGCAAGCUCACAUCGUCACGCACACGAAGACAAACGUCGAGGGAAAGCAGGAGUUCGAGGAGUAUGUGGGGACGUAUGAAAAGAUCGAGGCGGCAAAUGAGAAGUGUUUGGAGUACUUGAAGGAGGCGCAUCCGGAUGUCGUAGAAGGGGGUGAGUUUGGGGAGUUCUGGAGGGAUGAGGAUGGGGAAGAGGGGCAGAGUGAUGAAAACACUAAAAAGGGCGCCGAGAAGGGGGUGAAGGGGCGAACUGAUAGCGCGAAGGGCUUGGGCCAGGUGAGCUGGAUGUUGGAUAGGGAUGGGGCGUUGGCGAUGUGGUUUACGGAGCAGAAGACUGGGGCUGUUUUCAAAGUUAAGGUUAAUAAGGGGAAGGCUGUGUGA